AUAUGAACAGUUACUGUCAGAGAGCAGUACCAAACAGCCGCACUGAAGUUAGUUCGCUUCAAUUCUGCUGCAACGACGAGUGAGCUUGGAACAAACACGCGAUGGGUUUUCUCGUCACCACGUUGUGCUUAGUGUUACCCGUUCUGGGUCUACUGUUCUUCUACGUACGUCGUAAAUUUUCCUACUGGGCCGAUCGGAACGUACCGCACGUGCCCGGUUCCCUUCCGUUAGGAUCGUUCAACGGUAUGGGUACCAAGGAACACAUUGUGGAUCUAAUGAAUGCGCUCUACGUGCAGCACAAAAAGACGAACACUGCCGUCGGAACGUUCCUGUCCAUCAAACCAGUUCUGCUGGUGCUCGAUUUGGAGCUCGUGAAGCAGAUUUUGGUGAAAGAUUUUCACAUUUUCCACGAUCGAGGCAUGUUCUUCAACGAACGCGAUGACCCACUGGCGUCGCACAUGUUUUCUGUCGAAGGCGAACGGUGGCGAUUCUUGAGAAAUAAAUUGAGCCCAACUUUCAGCUCCGGAAAGAUUAAAUACAUGUUCCAGACUGUUUGUGAAAUUGGAUUAGAAUUUUUGGCGAGUUUUGAGCCAUACAUUGAGCGAAAGGAGCCUGUUGAAGUCGCUUUACAAGCUACGAAGUUUACGUGUGAUGUCAUCGGAUCUUGCGCGUUUGGUUUGACCUGCAAUGCAUUGCAGGGGGACAGUACCGAGUUGUUGGAUAUAGCCGAUGAAAUUUUCAACCCACGACCCAUGCAAAUGCUGUGGAUGGUUUUGUUGAUGAGUUUCCAAGACCUGGCAAUUAAGCUGAGACUAAAGCAAACAUCCGCGCACAUUGAGAGUUAUUUCGUAGAUGUUGUGAAAAAGACGGUAGAACAUCGGGAGAAGAACAACAUUUCUCGCCCGGACUUUCUGCAACUGUUGAUGCAGCUUAAAACCAAGGGAACGAUUGAUGAAAACGAAGAAGAUUCGAAGGAGAAGUUCACGAUGAAUGAUGUAAUUGCACAGGCGUUCCUUUUCUUCUUCGGUGGUUUUGAAACAUCAUCCAAGGCCUUAUCUUUCGCAUUGUUUGAGUUGGCAUAUAGUCAAGAGAUUCAAAAUAAAGCUCGUGAAGAGGUUCAGCGAGUGCUUUCCAACCAUGGAGGUCUGAUAACUUAUGAAGCCUUGAAGGAUAUGAUUUAUGUGGAACAAAUCGUUCAUGAAUCUCUGCGAAAGUAUGCGCCAAUCGGAAACAUAGUACGCAUCGCCAACGAACCGUAUAAGAUCCGUUCGCCUGAUUUUACCCUCGAAAAGGGCACCAUGGUUAUGAUACCUGUCCACGCGGUCCAUCACGAUCCGGAAUUCUAUCCGGAUCCAUCACGGUUCGAUCCGGAUCGUUUCGCUCCGGAUGCCAUCAGCGCUCGCCAUUCGCAUAGUUUCCUACCGUUUGGAGAUGGUCCGCGGAAUUGCAUCGGGAUGCGGUUUGCUCUGCUGGAGGUCAAGUUUGGCAUCGCCCAACUCGUGAGUCGAUUACGCUUCACCGUGAAUGAGCGUACGCAGCUUCCGUUGCGAUACGAUCCGACGAAAAAUGUGGCCACAGCGCUUGGAGGGCUCUGGUUGGAUGUCGAACGUAUUAUCCCGGGGAAGUAGAUGGUUGGCGAAUGCAUUUGCAAUACUCAUUUAUCUUUGUAAUAUCAUGAAUUAUGCCUGAAUAAAUCGCACGUGCUGUCA